AAUCAUUGACUAUUGAGUAUUGAGGGAAAAAAGGUCCAGCAAAAAGCACAUUUUCCUUUCCUAUUAUUACAUUACAUGCCACCAUCUCUCUCCUCUCCUCUGUCCAUCACUCCCUCACUUUUCACAGUUCGCAUUCACACUGUACUUCUUUGACAAUUUUCCCUCUGUUCAUCUCCAAAUUCAACAACCCAAUUCAAAAGAAAAAAACACCACAAAAAUGCUUCGUCUUUCUCCGCUCUUUUUGGCUCUAACAUUCUGUUUAUACCCAAUUGUGUGUUAUGGAAAUGUAGAAGUUAGUGUUCUUAUGGAGAUCAAGGCUUCUCUAGACCCAGAAAACAAGCACCUUACUUCAUGGACGGAAACCGGCGACCCUUGCAGCGGUUCGUUUGUUGGUGUCGCCUGUAAUCAGUAUCUAAAAGUAGCUAACAUCUCCUUACAAGGCAAAGGGCUCACCGGAAAAGUGCCUCCAGCGAUUUCCGGUUUAAAGUGUUUGUCGGGUUUAUACCUUCAUUACAAUUUCUUGACAGGAGAGAUCCCCAGAGAGAUUUCCAGUCUCAACGAGUUAUCGGAGUUGUAUCUUAACGUCAAUAAUCUCACCGGAGAAAUCCCACAGGAGAUUGGAAACAUGAUUAGUCUUCAAGUCAUCGAAUUGUGUUGUAACAAGUUAAAUGGAACAAUACCAUCGGAGUUUGGAAGCUUGAACAAGUUGAACGUCCUAGCGCUGCAACACAACCGGUUAACCGGUCAAAUCCCUCGGACCCUUGGAGAUUUAGCCAUGUUAGAGAGGCUCGAUCUUAGCUUCAACCGGCUAUUCGGGACAAUCCCUAUAAACAUAGCCAGAGCGACCAAACUGGAGUUCUUUGAUAUUCAGAACAACACCCUCUCAGGUUACGUUCCGACCGCUUUGAAGCGAUUGAACAGCGGGUUUAGCUAUAACAACAAUAAUGAUCUAUGUGGGUCGACGUUUUCUUCACUACGACCAUGUACAGACCUCGAUGCGACCAUGAUCAACCCGCUCGAACCGUUUACACCGACACCAAACACUACCAUACCCAUAAACAUACCACAAUCUGCUAACAUCAUGCCUCAUUGUCAACGAACUCAUUGCUCAAACUCCCCAAAUCUCCGGCGGGUGGGCAUCAUAGCAGCCAUCGUAACAGUCAUCGCCGCCCUAACGGUAACCGCGUUCGUCGCCGUAAUCAUCCAUCGGAGGCGAAAGCAAAGAAUCUGGAGCAAAUCCGAGACUCCCGAUCAUAAAUUCGGCAUCCAAGAAUCCUCCGGGAAAAGCAGCGAUUACUCCUGCGCGUGGGACCCGACACAAACAUCGCCAAAAAAGUGCGGGUUUUGCGUCGAAUCAAACUCGUUACAGAGCUUCAACUUGGAAGAAAUUGAGUCUGCCACCCGAUACUUUUCGGAUGCGAAUUUACUGGGGAGGAGUAAAUUUUCUGCAGUUUACAAAGGGGUUUUGAGAGACAGAUCGGCUGUGGCUGUGAAGUGUGUGAGUGUGACGAGUUGCAAAGCUGAUGAAGCUGAGUUUACAAAAGGGCUGACGUUGUUAACCUCUUUGAAACAUGAAAAUCUUGCUAGGCUUCGAGGGUUUUGUUGUUCGAAAGGUAGAGGUGAAUGCUUUUUAGUGUAUGAUUUUGCAUCAAAAGGGAAUUUAUCAGAGUAUCUCGAUGUUGAAGAUGGAAGAAACGCACACACCCAUGUUCUUGACUGGUCCAAGAGAGUCUCCAUCAUCAACGGCAUAGCUAAAGGUGUUGCAUACCUACACAGUGACACGGAUAAACCCGCGAUGAUUCACAGAAACAUAUCAAUGGAAAAGAUCUUGAUCGAUCAACAAUACAACCCUUUAAUCACGGAUGCAGGCCUAUUGAAGCUUUUAGCUGAUGACAUUGUCUUCUCGGCUCUCAAAGUGAGUGCAGCUUUAGGUUACAUGGCUCCUGAGUAUAUCACGACAGGAAAAUUUACAGAGAAGAGUGAUGUGUAUGCUUUUGGGGUUGUGGUUCUUCAGAUACUAUCGGGUAAAAGUAAUCUCACAUUGUUGCUAAGAGCAGCUGCUAUUGAUAGAAGGUUUGAUGAUUUUAUUGAUAAGAAUCUUGAGGGGAAGUUUUCAGAAUCUGAAGCGGAUAAGUUAAUUAGGAUCGCUGUGAUGUGUGUUGAUGAGGUUCCUGAGAAUAGGCUAACAAUGGAAGAUGUGAUUCGAGAACUAACGGUUUCUGUUUAAUUAGUUGAAUAAUUUUUGUUUUGUUUUUGGUGAAUUGUUUUCGUUUAUUCAGAUUGUUUGUAAUUAAUUACAUGAUCAUGUGAUCUUAUUACUAAUUUAAGCAAAAGCCAUUCAUUAUUUCA